CUUCCGGGCGCUGGGGAAAGCUUUUCCAGUAGUACCUUCCUACGUCGUAGCGCGUAUUUCCCGUGCUGCACCGCGGCCUCUCUCUCUCUCUCUCUCUUCCGGCCCCAGGCUCCUCGGCGGCCGCGGGGUUCGGUGCAGACAUGGCCAAGUCCAAGAACCACACCACACACAACCAGUCCCGAAAAUGGCAUAGAAAUGGCAUCAAGAAACCUCGAUCGCAAAGAUACGAAUCUCUCAAAGGGGUGGACCCCAAAUUCCUGAGGAACAUGCGCUUUGCCAAGAAGCACAACAGGAAGGGUCUGAAGAAGAUGCAGGCCAACAACGCCAAGGCCAUGAGUGCGCGAGCGGAGGCCAUCAAGGCCCUCGUAAAGCCCAAGGAGGUUAAGAAGGGUGUCCCGAAGGGCAGCAGCCGCAAGCUCAGUCGUCUUGCCUACAUUGCCCACCCUAAGCUUGGGAAGCGUGCUCGCGCUCGUAUCGCCAAGGGCCUCAGGCUUUCUCGUCCAAAGGCCAACCAGGCCAAGGCUCAGACCAAAGCCCAGGCCUCAGCUGCAGCUCCGUCUUCAGUUCCAGCUCAGGCUCAGGCUCCCAAAGGUGUCCAGGCCCCCACAAAAGCCCCGUAGUAGAGGCCUUUGCCAAUAUGAGGACAGAAGGACUGACUCCCGGGCUGCUCUCUCUGUGGGGCUGGUGUCCUCCUGUGUUGUGUGUACAAAUAAACCUAAGGUGGGAGCUGG